AUGGCGUACAGCGACAGUAGCGACACGUUCUGCACGCCUAUAAUUCGCUACUACGCCGACAUACGCCCUUAUGCACCCAUCAGCGCAACAAUCCAUCUCAACCCUCCCAAACGUGAAGGCGAACAGUUACCUUUAAUUCACACCUUACCCAUAGAACUCCAAGAGUCAAUUCGUCGCUAUGUACGUAAGCCGGAUCGCUUCAUGGCGCUGGCCUCGGCGGUAUUGAAGUACACCUUCAUCCAUAAAACCGCCAGAAUACCAUGGUCAGAAGUCAAGAUCUCUCGGACGCCAAAACCGCAUUCACGACCAUAUUGGAAUCCUCCAGAACACUGGUGUCAGAGGGGAUUCGAAGGCCUGGAAUUCAAUGUCUCGCAUCAGGCUGGCUUGGUCGUGCUCGUUGGUGCUCGUACAGCUAACCGUCCUCGAGACGCCCGCGUCGACGAUCUCGCACAAAUCAACGUUCGCACUUCUGCUGUGAUCAACCCUGACCCCACAGCUGUAGCUGAGGCAGAAUCUGAAAUUGACGAAGACGAACCUGAAGACGUCAGGAUCGGUGUUGAUGUAGCCUGUACCUGGGAGCCACCGAGAACCCCGGAUUUAUGCACUCAGGAGAAACUCGAGGAAUGGGUCGAUGUCUUUGCUGAGAUGUUCUCGAAAGAGGAACAGCACGAUAUGAUUCAUACGCCCGUUUCUGGUUUACAUGGUAUGACUGUGUCGGACCAGAAAGCACGUCGCUUCUACGUAUACUGGGCGUUGAAGGAAGCAUACAUCAAAAUGGUCGGAGAAGGCCUACUUGCACCCUGGUUACGAGAGCUGGAAUUCAAAGAUGUACCAGUACCGCCACGGGUUGAGGUCAACAAGCCGGAAGCCUGGAAAUUAUUGACCGAUGAACAGACCGCUAAGCUAGGAGUGGCGUUCAGAGGUAGGAAGAUUGCACAUACUAUGCACACUACAAUAGAAGCCUUUGAAGACACAUUUGUGGUUGCUACCAUGACGAGAGGCGUGGUUGAUCAGUCGCAGAGUGAGACGAGGUGGGAGAAAAUUGAUCUGUCCGGAGACAUUGAGCUCUGCGCCACCGGACGAUGCCAUUGUCUCGAUCAAUAA